CUUUAUCUGGUUGGUUUGUGCGUACUGUAUUUCUCUCUCUCGUGUAUCUAUCUGUCUAUCUAUACGUAUAUGAGCUCUGAUUUUGAUAUUUAGGGUUUUGAAAUGUGGAGGGAGACGGAUAUGGAAACUUUCGAAGCCAACUCUAUUUUCGCACUCAAACAAACCUCUCAAUCAGAGCUAGGGUUCGCAUCCUCUGAUUCAGUCACCCACUUCACCACCACUCAGAGUCAGUCUACUCUCGAUUCCGAUUGUUUUACUGACGAAUCUCUCUCUCAGAAGUUCGAAAACAUAGGGUUAAGAUCAAAUGAAGACGAGAGCUCCAACGAAUCGCACCCUCUUCGUCCUUAUGCCGAAGAUUGCCCCUUUUUCCUUCGGACUCGAACGUGCAAGUUCGGGUUGAAUUGCAAGUUUAAUCAUCCAGUGAGAAGAACUAAUCAGAAAGCUGGGAAAGAGAAGGAGAAAGAUACAGGCAAGGCCAAGGAGGGGUUUUCAGAAAAGCCUGAGCAGACAGAAUGCAAGAAUUACCUAACACCAGGAGGGUGCAAAUAUGGAAAAUCUUGUAGAUACAAUCACUCCAAAGAUGAGUCUGAAAUUGCGCCUCCAGAGCUUAACUUUCUAGGUUUGCCGAUAAGAUUGGGAGAGAAAGAGUGGGUGGCACGCCAUGCUGGGCCACAUGCGAAAUGGUUCUUGUGGAUAUGGAGCUCGCUGCAGGUUUCACCAUCCUGACCCCACUGACGUUGGAGGAUAUGACCCUCGUAACUCAACACGUAAUGAAGAGUCUAUUGGACAAUUUGGCCGGCCUUCAGAAAAUUAUAAUGGUGAAUCUAUUCCAUUGCAUGUAUCAGGGGCAUCACAACCAGCUCAAGCAUCCUGGUCUUCACAGAUGCCAUCUGAUAAAGCUGUUCCCUACCAGGAUAACCACUCAUCUUGUAUGCCCACAAUGCAUGUCUUUCAUCAAGAGGCACCCAAAUGGAAUGAGUAUCAGGCCCCAAAUUUUGCAGAAGAAAGAAUAGGGCAUUCGCAUUCAGCUCCAGCAGCAAGGAGCUUUACAAAGAAAACAGAUAUAUUUAGCCGGAUUGAAGAAUUCCCUGAACGACCAGGUCAACCUGAGUGCAGUUACUUCAUGAAAACUGGGGAUUGUAAAUUUAAAUCUGCAUGUAGGUAUCACCAUCCCAAGAACCAAGCCCCAAAAGAAGAUUGUGUUCUGAGUGACAAUGGCCUCCCUCUAAGACCUGGCAGGAAAAUUUGCCGGAAUUAUGACCAGUUUGGUAUUUGUAAGUAUGGGCGUCUCUGUUUGUUUGACCAUCCGGUGAAUCACAGUUCAACUGUUCCAGUUGGGUCUGUUUUAGAGUCUCCUCAAGGCGGCAACUCUUGGAGGGACUACAGCAGCUGGGAUUGAGGCAAGGCUAUAAUCCAGCGUUCUGUAUAGAAUUUUGGUUCUAUAUCCCAAAUCCCAGCCUACUUAUUAGGAAACAUUAAAAUUUUUUUUUUGCUUUAACUUGUUACUACCCAAGCUGAUGUGCAUUGGAUGGAUCUUUCUUGCCUACUUUAGAAGUCUUUAUAAUUUAUGUGCUCUUUAUGAAUUUAAGGCUCUACAAAAUUACAUGUAGUUCUUAUCAUUUUUGGUCAGAGAAAUUGAGCUAAUUAAAUUAUCAGGUGAGGCUGGUUAGGGCAUGUGCAGCCUGCUCGUCAAGUCUUGAGUUCAAACUCUAGCACCAGCACCCUCCACCCCAGGAUAUGUAACGAUGCUCUCUCCCUUGUACUAGAAUAAAAAUAUAAGGGUGAAAUAAAAAAUAAAUUCAUGUGAUAUCUAUCUUUUAUUGAGAAAUAUAUUGAGGUUUCGUUGAUCAA